AUGGCAGAGGCUGGUAUGGGAGCCGAUGGAGAAACCAAUGACUCAAGGACGUACGUACCAAGUCUUUGUCCGGCGGUUGACGAAGAAGAGAAAGAGUACGGGGCGGAUGAUGAGAAAGAUGAAAACGAAAUAGACAGCGGAUUUGACUUUUAUUCAGCGCCUGAAUUUACAGUAGCAAGGGAGUUCGAUGACGUGAGAAUAGAAGAUGAGAUGAAUAUGAAUAAAACUGUAGUGAAGGUGGAAGAACAACUUAGAGUUGUUCAAGAAACACUGGACGUUGAGCAGUCUACGAAGAUAGUGUUGGAAGGAAACACAAUGAAUGAUUCUCUGCAGUCUGAACACGUUUUCGACACUGCACGCACUCCAUCAGUGGUGAUUGAACACUCGAAUUUGUCGACGUCAACAGAAGUAAUCUCUCACUACAGUCAAAAUUUUAGCUGUGAGGACACUCAAUCAGACGAUGAGAUUCCAGAGGACGUCGCGUUUUCAAGUCAAAAUGAAAUGGAUAAAGAGAAAGCUUGUGAUAGAACGGAACAUGUGCAAACAAAUUUGACAGAUAAAGCAAGUCUUACGAAAAGCGGUGAGCAGGAAGAACGGCAAGUCAGAGGUCAAGCACCGUUCGAUGCAAAGUUAGAGGAUGUAGCAGAAUCAAAAGCAGCAAUGUCGACGUCAGCGAAGGCAUUUUCGCACGGUAGUCACAUGUACAGCAGUGAGGACACUGACAUAGACAUUGAGAUCUCAAAGAAUGUCGCGUUAUCGAGUCAAGGUGAAAGCGAGAAAGAGGAAGCAAGUGAUACGACGGAGAAUUUACUUUCAAAUGAUACUAAUGAAGUGGACGCUGAUAAGAGCGACGGGCAUGUAGAAUCGCAAGUAGCAGUUUCAGCACUGCUUGAUGCGGAGUCGGGGAAUGAAACCAAAUCAAAUUUCUGGCUUGAUUCUGUUGCAGCUAAAGAGAAGAAAAAUGUGGUCGUUCGGGACUCUGAGGAUGAUACCCCACUUAGUACGGCUGAAGUUAAAUCCCCACUCUCCAAAUAUGAUCAAGAAUCUAUGAAAGGAUCUCAAUCUGAGAGCCAAAUUGCACAGAGAGAAAAUGACCUGCCAAAGGAUGAGAUAAACACUCCAAAAUCUCGCGGAGUCAAGCGAAAAGUAGCUCCUGUGCAGACGCCAAAGCGAUCGAAGCGUCUUGCUGUGAGAGCGCGAAAGGAACCAUCUCCAGUCUUUCAAAGCGGCAAAUUUGGCACGGAAUAUGCACUUCCGCUACGUCGUUCUUCACGACUAAAAUCCGAGCCAAAAGAAAUUUAUCCUAUAAAUCCUGUGACUUCUGACACUGCCGACAUGCAAGUUAUAAAGUCGGAGAUAGCGAAUAAUCGAAAAGCAUUAGUACAACUAAUGGGUUCGGAGACACUCGCAAACAGCCUUAAGAGCGCGUUUCAAAGUACGCCGUUUGCCGGACAUGCAUCUAUGUCUCGAUUUCAAAAGCUGGUACGCAAUGAUACCACAGGAUUGCGAAAUUUAAACGUGCAGUUGUUGCUUGAUGCCGUGGAGACAACGGAUGAGCCUAUCGUUCAACUUUCUCCAAAGGUGUCGGGGCCCUGUUGCAGUACAGCGUGUCAUGUGCUAGAGUCAGUAUCGAGCGCAAAAGCUCGCGAUCUUGAGAACUGCCCACUUCGUUUUCCUGCUCCGCCGACAAUCGCAAAGCAUUUUAUCCGCCCAUUAGCAACAGAGUUGGGUCUGGAAUAUGCCAUGUCUCGUCAUCGUGUAAAGCUAGUGAGUUGUCCCAAGAACGAAACAGUAUUGGACUGGCAAUUUCAUCGGAUCGAAACAAUUGUCUUUAUUUUGCGCGGAAAAUCUAAGUGGAGACUAAAAUCAAGUCAAGUGCCGUAUCCACUUGCGUGUUUUCAUCCAACAUCAUGGCAACUGGACGACGUUGCUGAGAUUGCAAAACUUCAUCGUCUGGCAUCGAAUAAUUCAUCGACAUUGGAGUGUUCAGCACCCAGUGAAACUUUUGAGAUUUUUGAAGAGAAUGCGGCCACUGAAGUUACGAAUACAAUUCAGGAACAUGUGCUGAGAUCCGGAUCCGUCGUAUAUAUUCCAGCUGGCGUGUGGUUUGAAACAGAGACGCUAGGAACGAAUAAUAUGUGGCUUGAAGUGCAACUGUGCUCAGUAAGUUGGAGAGAAUGGAUAUCAUCCGCUGUCAUGCAACUCUGUGGAAGCGAUGAACAAAUGCGAAGAGGAGUGCAAUUGUAUCCAAGUGAUUUCAAUCAGAUUAACUCGAUGAGACACUAUGCAGAAAGCUACAUCCAGGCUCUAUGUCGUGAGAUAAACGACCUUGAUGGAAAAGACUUAUUUCCAGAAUAUCUUGCCUCUGAAGAAAUGCAAAACCUUGUGAAGGAAGGUCUUGUACACGUUACAACAACGCCAGCACUGACAAGCUUUACAGUUGACCUCACGAAUCCAAGAUUUUCCUUGAAACACGUUCAGGUCUCUCGAGACGCUGCGUAUCGUGUCAAUCCAAUCGCUAUUUUAUUAAAGACGGAAGAGAUUCCACAUUUAUCACCUCGGGAUCAGGUUCUAGCAGAGCACUCGACUCAAAAGUUGCAUCGGGCACUGAUCAAGACGCCGAAGCCCAAACCAAAGCGCAAUCAAACGUUGCAUCGGUCACAUGGUGGUAAAGUCACGUAUGUGCUGGACGAAAACUUUGGUAAUGACAAGUGGCAAUCAUAUCUGCAUGUAAAGUUUCAGUGCUCGACAGAGCAGUCAAAAUUGGUCGAGUACCUCCGAAGUCGUGAGAGUGAGCCGUUUGACUUGAAAGAGUUUUAUCGAUGCAAAGAUAUAGAUGGCAAACGUCUAGCGCGAGAUGCGGAGAGUGCUCAAAAUUUGCUACGUUUUCUAUAUUUUGUCGGGUACGUUACCCAAGUAUACGCUCCGUAG